AUGAUUCUUUCUUUAGCUGCAUCAGUCCGCAUAUCAUGUCCUCCUGGCUGGUUCUUCUACAGGUCACAUUGCUAUGCCAUCAGUAAGAACCCAGCAACAUGGGCUGAUUCAGAGUAUGAGUGUACAAGUUAUGGACAUGGUGCCCAUCUGGCCUCCAUCAUGGAUGAAUCUGAGGCAUCCAUUAUUGCUAGCCAUGUAUCUGCAAGUCAAGAUGCAGAGGGUGUGUGGAUAGGACUGCAUGACCCUGACAAGAAUGGCCGUUGGAAGUGGACGGAUGGAUCCAUGUUUAAUUUUCAAGCCUGGAAAGGAGGUGUUCCAGAUAAUGCCAAAGGAAAAGAAUAUUGUGUUGUGCUAGUCAGCGGCUCCAGUAAGUGGAUAGUCAACAUAAAAUAUUAUCCAUUUUAA